CUGAAUUUGGUCCCAGCCGCCGACGAACCGAAUCGAACCCGACUGUCAGUCGACGGUUGAGCUUCGAACAGGCAAGUUUAAGGUGCCGACACCAUCAGCAGCAAUUUCACCUUAAGGAGCGAGGAGAGAGGACAAACCGUGUGGAAAAUUUGAGCCGGGAAGCGAGGAAAAAUACGACCGAUUGAACCUUGAAACGUUGGGUUUAAAAUUGUAUAUCGACAGCUAUCUCCGGGUGUUAAAUACGGACUUUUGGCAGGUUGAAAAGUGAAAUUGUAUCGACUAAGUCGGUUUCGCGGAAAGUUCUAGACAGUUCUUUGAACCACCAUGAGCAACAAUGGUCCAGGGGUCACGAACCCCAUGCUGUACGACCCACCGGAGGGUCAAGCGUCCAACACAAAGCUGAUGCAGUUUGUAGCCGGUGUUGGAGUGUCUUUUGCCGCCAUCAGUGCAGGAACUGCCCUCGGUUGGACAUCCCCGGUUCUGUCCCAGCUGACGCCGGUAGUUGAAAAUGGAACGACCUCCAGUAAUAGCACAGAUGGAUUUACAAUUACGGCAGAAGAAGGAUCAUGGGUCGGCUCGUUCCUGGCCAUUGGCGCCUUCCUCGGAGCGCUCCCGGCGGGUGUCCUCGCCGAAAAGAUCGGUCGAAAGUACACAACCAUGUCGCUGGCCUUGCCGUACCUGCUGAGUUGGGCUUUAAUCAUCUUCGCCAAUGGUGCCGGAAUGCUGUACGCUGGCCGGUUUCUGAUCGGUAUCUCAACGGGAGCAUCGUGCGUCGUGGCACCCAUGUACAUCUCUGAGUUUGCGGAAAUUUCGAUUCGCGGAGCGUUGGGCGCGUUCUUCCAGCUGUUCCUGACGGUCGGAAUUCUGUUCGUGUACGCUAUCGGUCCGUACGUUUCCUGGGUGUUGCUGAGCGUGAUGUGUGCCGUCUUUCCGGCGCUUCUGAUUGUGGCGAUGUUCAUCGUGCCGGAAAGUCCCACCUACUUGGUGAAAACGGGUCGACGCAGUGAGGCGGCUGUGGCUUUGAAGUGGUUCUGGGGGCCAAAUUGCAAUACGCAGAAUGCCGUUGAGGCCAUUCAGAGUGAUCUGGAUGCGGUCAAGGGCGAAGCCAAGGUGUCGGAUCUCUUUACCAAGGCCGUCAACCGUAAUGCUCUGUUCAUCGCGUUGCUGUUGAUGUUCUUCCAGCAGUUUUCGGGUAUCAACGCGGUAAUUUUCUACACUGUGCCAAUCUUCCAGUCUGCCGGCAGUACGAUGGACCCUGCCAUCUGUGGUAUUGUGGUCGGUGUCGUUCAGGUGUUGAUGACCUUUGUGUCUUCAGUGCUGAUCGAUAAGGCCGGUCGCCGGAUUCUGCUGCUGCAGAGCAGUUUCAUUAUGGGAUCAUGUUUGGUUGUCCUCGGAGUGUACUUCAAGCUGCAAGCCGACAAGGCUGACGUGUCCGGAAUCGGUUGGCUCCCGUUGGCUUCGGUGGUCCUGUUCAUUAUCAGCUUCUCGCUCGGAUUUGGACCGAUUCCGUGGAUGAUGAUGGGUGAACUGUGCGCUCCAGACGUGAAAGGGCUAGCUUCGGCCCUGACGGUCAUGUUCAACUGGUCGCUGGUAUUUUUGGUCACCAAGACCUUUGGAACGAUGCAGGAAACGCUGGGAGCCGAUUGGACAUUCUGGUUCUUCGGCUUUUGGAUGGCGGUCGGCACGUUGUACGUGUUUUUCAAGGUUCCGGAAACUAAGGGCAAGACCAACGCAGAAAUUCAGGCUCUGCUUGGAGCAAAGUAAUUUCGAUGCAGUCUCAAUGACUAACGCACGCAUACACGGGAAACGCUUUAUUUGUGAAGAUUUCUAUGUUUUAUUAGGAGAUUUUCGACUGUAAGUUCGUGUUUGUACAUAUUUGUUUUACGUCGGUAAGAACAGAGAGUCAAUUGGAAGCAAUCACCCACCUUCUGGAAGCCCGGGCGCAAAAUUAUGUUGUUAUAAUUUUCUGCCAUAGUUACAUCAAGUAGCAACAUCCCUUCCAAUGUUUCAGGUGUUAGAUUUUAGUUUGUUCGAUGCAUGUGCAAAGCAAAUGCGUUAAAUUAUAAGUACUACAGUGUAAAUGUUUUACUAUUUUUUUUUUGUCCAAAUUGUAACUAAUAAAAAGUCUAGCUAGUUUAAUGCAUGCAGUACAAUAAAAUAAGAAAAAAAUACAGAACAAAAAAAACAUAACAUGGGUGUGUUCUUAGUCAACCAAAUUACUCAAAUAACCGAACCUAGAGGUGUCCAAACAGCGAUUAGACCAUAUCACCCCUUUAUUUUUAUAAUGAAACUCAAACAAAAAAUAACAAUACAAACCACUAAACAAUCAAGCACUGAAACAAAAACGAUAAAAAUACCUCUCUCAGACAGCAUAUUCCGAGAUUCGUUUCGGGAACCUCGCGAGGUUCCCGCUCAUUUCGCUCGCAUUAGGAAUUAUCUAGAGAUUUUGUUAAGUGCCAUAUCAUUUCGAGGAGUCGGCAGUCGGUUACGGUUUUGGGCGCCAUCUUGGCCAAACGCUUUGCGCAUACGUGUGACGCCAUCUUGCGGAAAGGACAAAAUGUGUGGAAGCCAUAUUUACAAAACAUAAGCAUAUAUUUACACAGCAAUACUUACGUGUGUGCGUGUGUGCAUGGCUGGGUGAAGAUAUUAGUGGUUCUAAAUUGUUGUUUGUUCGUCCAAAUACAACUGUUCGCGCAGGACUAUAGUGUUUCAUGACAGAUACAAAUAAACCAUAAUGUUGGAAACUAAAAUAUUUAGCAAAAAUUGAUCAGAAUGAAAAGCAAGAUGUAACCGCAAGGAUUGUUAUAUUAGUCGUAACUAAACGUACAGCUAUACACUAUAUACUACCAGAGAAAAAAAAAAAAAACAAAAA